GGGAUGUUACGUCACGUAAACAGCUGCAACAAUAACACUCGUGAUUUUUUAUUUAAAUAUUUUCCCUAAUCGAUUCGUUCUAACCUUUCGUCAGAUUUUUAAGGAAGGACCCUCCGCUCAUUCACUCAUCCUCGCGAGUUUUUUCAAAUUUACUCGUGAAUAGACUUCGUUUUUAAUUUCCACCCACCAGCCAUCUAACUAAAUUACUAAACUUACUAAACCUCUAAAUUUCUAAAAGUCUAAAACUAAAUUCUAAAAAACUUCACUUUCUUCUUGAAUUGAUGAUAUGUUAAGUAAGAAGUUUUAACAUUUAUUAAUUAAAAGUUUAACUUGCCACACAUUACAACUCGCGUAAUUGACAAACGAGUCACCAAGCAAACAGUAGAAAUUUAAAAAAUACAAAGUGAAUGCCACUAGCUAAAAUUAAAUUGGAAAAAUAGAAGUUUGAAUGUAACUUUUGGCUGAACAAAUCAAAAUAUAAAGUAAAAAAGAAUGGAGGUAGGAAGUAGUAGCAACAACAGUAGCAGCGAUGUGGAUGUCGACACCAUCCUUUUGCAACAGUUCAGCUGCAUGGCUACUCAGGACAAGGAGGCACUCAUCAAUCAGUUUGAGAACUUGUUCGGGAGCAGCAAACCGGAUAGAGAAGUCUGUGCUUUCUAUUUGGAGAUGAACAACUGGAACCUGCCAGCUGCUGUGGGAUCAUAUUUUGAACUAAAUUACGACCAAACAUUGUUGCCAUCUAUCACCUCAAAUGAAUCAUCUUCCUCGACCUCUGACCUCUUUGCGACCUCUCCAUUCCUCUUGGAAACAACAACUGAAACGUCGAUUGUGCCAUCUGCCUCUCAGGAAGGUGAUCGUCAGCUCCUCAUCAGACCACCCAACUUCAAGUUUCAUCACUGCUGGGAUGUCAAAAAUAAUGGCCUUGCUCACUGGCCGGCAGGUUGUACACUUCGCUUCAUCAGUGGCACGCAGAUGUCCUUGGUUGACCGAGUUUCAGUUGAGCGAUUGGGCCCCUUUGCUGUAGCCAAGGUGGGCCUGGACCUGAUCACCCCCGAACAACCAGGCAAUUACGAGUCUACCUGGCAACUGAGUACGAUGACAGGCACCUUGUUUGGAGAUGAGAUGAAGUUGUAUGUGCAAGUGACCAACGACAUCAACCUGCUGAAGAACCUCGGUUACGACGUCCUUUCGUUGGCCAAUGGUGAGAUGAUGACUACAGAAGACUCCGCCAUGCCAUCUAUUGAGCUGCUUAAUCAUGAAAACUGUCAAGAUAAUGACGGCGGCAUUAUUGUUUGCCAUCCUGCUGCUGUUGGGAUCACUACACUGACGAUCAGCGACAGGAGUGUCAGCCACCACCAACAGCAGGAGCAACAGCAUCAGACCAUCGAUCCAUUAGACUCUGACUACAUGGAAAUGUCCUAACGCAUACUCCCAUCAUCCACUCUCAUUUUUGUUAACUUUUUUUUGUUUGAGGAACUAUUUUUUUAUGUUAAAUUUUAUCGAAUUUACAUAUUUAAAAAAAUUUUUUUGGUCUCCCUGUCAAUAAAACUGUGUUUUCUCACAUUUAAUAUUGAUUUAGAUAUUAGUAUAUUAUUUAUUAAUUAAACAUGAUGUGAUUAUAUUUUUGAAGGUAGGAGGGUUAGCGGUUAUUCAAAAUGAUGAACGGAACACUUAAAUAUGCGUAACAUAUACAUAGAUAUAGAACGUCCUACCUCGGGGAACCGGGUCUCUGGACGCGAAACGAAGAUUGAUUGAUUGAUACAUAGAUAUAGAAACUGUUUCUGUAUCUUUGUAUAUGUGUGUAUAUAUAUAAUAUAUUUUUAUUUAUUGGUUAUUAUAACGUCUAACAACAUA